AUGGUGCUCCGUGCCUCGGGCCGGCUGCCCGACAUCACCCGCAUGUACGAGGCCGCAGCUGCGGCGGUGGCGCCUCGGGGAGGGGAGCUGGCGCUGGUGCUUCAGCACGAGGUGUUCGGGGCCCAUGUCAGGGAGCAGAACUUCUUGAAGCAGCAGCAGGUAGCGCUAAAGCUGAGCAAGGCGGCUCCUGCAGCCGCUACGGCUGUUGGUUGCGGCAAUGACGCAGCGGGAGCGGGUGGCGUCAGUGGCGAGCGGUACGGCUGGUGGGUGGUGCUGAGCAUCUUGCUUCAGGCACGGGCAGCGCUUAGGGUUCGGACUACGCGUGUGGCGGCGCCGGCAGGGCAGGUACCGCCUAAUGCGAUGGACCCAGAGAAGAUGUUGGCACUUGCGGAAGGCAUGGUGGCACGGCAGGUGGCGAAGGACGGGCGGCUUGAGGGCUACGAGGCUCUCAUGGUGUAUGUGGACGUGCUGCUGGCGCAGGGCAAGACGGUCGAGGCUCUGAGCCUGGUUUCGGGGCCGCUGGGCGCCUCGGCUCUCCGGCUGCCGGCCGAGCGGCUGCAGCUGCGCGCGGUGUUGUCGGCCCUGAGCGGCGACCUGGAGGCGGCCUCGGAGCUGCUCCGGGAGGGCCUUACGCUCAACCCGGAUGACUGGGGUGCGCUGCUGCUGCUGCUGGACUGCAUGCUCCCGGGCACGGCGGCCAGUGUGACCCGCGGGUCGCACCCCCUAAUUCUCAUCAGCGGGGGGCUGGCAGAGCAACUGCCGCCCAGAGCGGUGCCGCUGCCGCCGGGUGAGUGCGAGGAGGUGGAGGAGGUCCUUCCAGACGGUGGCCAGGGGCGGGAACGCGGCAUGGGUGACUGGGUGUGGGGUGGUGGGGGGGGCACGAUUGGGCCAGGGUACUGUUGUAUUGUUUGUGUGCGGGUGGGCAUAGUAGAGAUGAGCGAUCAGGCCUCAGCCUCAGGCGAUGACGGCGGUGGCGGUGGCGGUGGUGGCAAAGCCAUGACGAUGCGCGGCCCCCACCUGGCUCUGGUAGACCUAGCCUCGCGCCGCCACCGCGCUGCAGUUUCCGCGGGCCUGGACGGAGGCGACUACGACACCGAAACUGCUGUGGUCGAUGCCGUACUGUCGUACUACCGCAAAUACGGCAGCCUUGUCAGCUGCGCUGUCGACCUCCGCACGUACGUCUCGCAGCUCAGCAUCGGCGCGGCGCGGCGUCUGGAAGAGGGCCUGCGGGAAAGCGAAAACGCGGCCGCCGACGGGCGCGAGGGUGCGGCUGGUAACGGCGGCUCAGCAGCUGCAGCGUCUCUGGCGUCUCUGCGGCGGCGCGUUUGCGCGGCGCAGAUUGGUGAUGACCUGGGACUUCCUCGACUGGAAAGCUGUGAAGAGGGUGUGGAGCUGUCGAGGAUGCUGUUAGAGUUGUACGGCACGGCACAGCCUUUGCAGGCGGGACUCGACGAGCGAGAGCGCGGCGCCGCGGAUGAGCUGCCCGUACUUGCCGCCGCCGCUCUAGCCACGUCAGCUGGCCUUGCAAACUCAGACGCCGCCGCCGUGCCAUAUAUGCUGGCUGCGUACGGCGCCCUAUCCGAGGCCGUACGUGUACGACCGUAUGGCGCUGCCAUGCGCAUCUCCAUGGCAGCGCUGGCGUCGCUGUUGGCGGCGCCGGCGGCUGCCGCAGCCCAUAUGUACAAGCUCGACAUCAAGCACAUACAGAUGGACACGCUUGGAGCGCAUUUGCUGUUGCCGCCGCUGCUGACGUGGCCCCACGGUUCCGCCGCCGCCGCCGCCGCCGCCACGGCGGCGGAGCCGUCGUCGUCGGGCUCGACUGGCGACGGGCCGGGUCAUUCUUCUUCUUCUUCUUCUCCUUCGCAGCAGCAGCAACAACAACAACUCCUGCAGAAAGUCCUCAAGGAUACCCGGGCGCUGUUCGAUGACCACGCGCGGGACAUGGGGGAGUCGCUGUUCACCGCUUACGGUCACGGCAUGUACACCAAGGUCCUGGAAUUCACGGCAUUUAGAGAAAGGCUGGCAGCCGCACACACGCUAGCUCUAGCGCGGGCGGAGAGCAGCGUGUUGGACUGCCUGAGGGGAGCUGGAGGCGGGGGGCCAGCUGCCGCCGCUACUGCCGGCAACAGCGGUCACAGCAGCAGCAGCAGCAGCGCAACAGCCCGGGGCGCCGGCGCCGCCACCGGAGCUGCUGCUGCCACGGAGGGCUUGGUGACGGCGGAGGCGAUGCGUACGGCGGCGGUCGCGGCGGCGGGUCAACUUAAUCCUGACAACAUACCAUCUGCAGAUACCCUCCGGUUCAACUGGGACUUGUCCACACGACCCACCUGGCUGCCCCCCGGCAUGGCCGGACCAAGUGCCGCAGUUCUCAAUCUGCGGGAGGCUGUGGGCAAGUUGGCGGGCCUUAUGGGGCCCGAGCAGGCCCCGUCCCCAGGCGGGCCGAGCAGCGCGGCGGCAUCGGCGGCGUCAACAGCAGAAGACGGCGGCGGCGCAUGUACGAAGGAAGAAUGUACGACCGUUGGGCCCAUCGACUUGCGGCGGCUGGAUGUGAAGUUGUACAGCGCAGCGCUGGCGCUGCAGGUAUUGUACGAUAGCCUCGCCCGUGCCCUGGACGAGGCCUUAGGAGGCUCUGUAGCGAGUCUAUGUAGCGAGUGCGAGCGGAUGGGGCGGAGGGGUUCUUUGCUGCGGCAUCUGGCCGCCGUGGAGGUGGCAACCCUCAAAGUCAUGCGGAAGCGGAAAGCCAAAGGGGGGCCAGCGCCUGCGGAGGGGGCCACUAAUGCCGUACAGCAGCACCUGCAGCUGCUGGGACAUGCGGUGGCAGCCGCGGCGGGCGAGUUGGGAGCUGCAGCGGGCGAGUUGGCGGCGGCGCUGACGGCGGCUCUUGGUACGGGAGGGGGCUCCCCAGCGUGUGUGUCGGCCGCUGUAGAGCAGGCUGUACGGUUCUUAAAGUCCCAGGGCCACGCCGCUGCCGCCGUGUCCGAGUCCGCCACCUCAUCGCUGGAGUCCCUCAUCCGCGAGCAGCGCCUCACGGUGGCUAGCAUUGCCAGGCAGGCGGCGGCGCUGGCGGCAGCACUCCGAUGA